GUGCGAGGAAGCCGAGCGAGCGCUUCCACACUCUCUGAGCAGGCGCGAGUCGUAUGUGAGGUGUUGCGAAAAGAAACUUUUGUGCUUACCCGUUGGUGAUGCGAAUAUUCUUCGCGACUUGAAUUUCUUCUCGAUAAGUGACACACUCGGACGUGCCUGUAGACCAUCAGUUUGCAAUUUGCUGCUAAAGAUAUUCAAAGAAAGACCUAACUUGUGCGGCGCAAUGUCUCCCAUAGAGCAAGACAAGGAAGGCGCCCAGCACGUCGCCUUCCAACUGAAGGAGAUGCCCGAAGGCUCAGGCGAGGAUGGCAUCGCCUCCUGCCCUUCUGGAGACCCUGCGGAGACCGAGGACGACGAAGAGAGGGACAAGCUGCCGUUCCUCAACCACACCAGGUACUCCACCGUCUCCGCCCCGGGCAUGCCGACGAUCACCUCCAAGUCGUCCUUCGCGGGCCUCGUCUCCAAACCGUCCUUCAGCGGUCUUACUUCCAGGCCCUCGAUGGUGUCCCUCCGUUCCACCAUCUCGAGGGUCAACAGCGAACUGUACCCCGAAAGGGACUCCUUCGUGGCCCAGAGCAUUGGCCAUUCCCUGGCCGAACUGCCCAACCUGGCCCAGAAGAUGUACAUCAUUACACAGGUGCUGGCAGCUGUGUCGGUUUCCAUAGGCUCGAUGGCUGUAGGCUUCAGUGCGGCCUACACGUCUCCUGCUCUCGCCUCCCUCGAUGCCCCAAACUCUACCCUGACUGUCGACGAGGACCAGAAGUCGUGGAUCGGAUCCCUAAUGCCCCUCAGUGCCCUCACGGGUAGUUUUAUCGGGGGUUACUUGAUCGACGCCAUUGGGAGAAAAAUGGUCAUUCUCAUGUGUGGUCCGCCAUUUAUAUUGGCCUGGAUUCUGAUCGGGUCCGCCGUGAACAUCUGGAUGAUCUACGUCGGUCGGGCUAUAGGUGGUCUGUGCGUCGGUCUGCUCACUCUCACGCUGCCUGUCUACCUCAGCGAGACCAUUCAGCCUGAGAUCCGCGGCGUUCUGGGCCUCCUUCCGACCACUAUUGGUAAUUUAGGUAUCCUCGUCUGUUUCCUGGUUGGCUCGUACGUCAACUGGUGGUGGCUGGCGUUCGUGGGGGCAAUUAUUCCUUUGAUCUUUACUACCCUGAUGUGCUUCGUGCCUGAGACUCCUCGAUGGUACAUCUCCAGAGAUCGCGUAGAAGACGCCCAAGCCUCGCUAGAAUGGCUACGAGGAUCAGCCUCCGACGUGGACUUUGAACUCGACGCCAUCCAGCGGAACUACGAAAUAGCAAAGCAAGAAUCCUCCUCUCUGAAGGACUUGUUCAGACGCCAGUAUGCCAAACCCUUCUUGCUUGCCAUGGGCCUCAUGCUCUUCCAACAGCUGUCUGGCAUCAACGCCGUCAUUUUCUACACCGUGUCGAUCUUCAAGAUGUCAGGUUCUACCAUUAACAACUACCUGUCGACCAUUAUCGUCGGCGUGGUGAACCUGCUCUCCACCUUCCUCGCCAACGUCCUUAUUGACCGACUGGGGAGAAAGAUCCUCCUGUACGUCUCAAGCGUCCUGAUUGUAUUGUCACUCGUCGCCUUAGGAACUUUCUUUUACAUCAAGGAGACGGCGGAAAACGCAAUAUCUAUCGCCGAGUCCAUGAAUUUGACGGCAGGUGCGGGGAACAGCACGGAUGACGUCACGGGCUGGAAAGAGACCGUCGACAACCUCUCAUGGCUGCCCCUCGUCAGCUUCAUGGUCUACGUGGUCGCUUUCUCUCUAGGAUGGGGCCCCAUUCCAUGGCUCUUCAUGGGGGAGGCCCUGCCCGUCAAGAUCAGGGGCCCCGCCGCCUCCAUCGUCACGGCUUUGAACUGGUCCUGCACCUUCGUCAUCACUAAGACGUUCCCCGGGAUGGUGGAGCUGAUCGGACCAUCGUACGUGUUCUACAUGUUCACGGCCAUCAUGACCUUAGCGACCUUGUUUGCCUUCUUCCUCGUACCCGAGACUCGAGGGAAGACACUCGAGGAGAUCGAGGAAGAGCUGUCGGGAAGGAGCGCCCUGCGAAACCGCAAGAUCAGUACCGUGUCCGGCCUGCACAUGUAGGACUCAGGCUGUGUUUACGUUAGGAAGGACAUAAGCAUGCAGGUUACCUGGCCUGUGCCGCGUGCGAGGCGCUUGGUUCCCACGUGUGAGAAAGCGUACAAGGCGUACACUGCCGAAUUCAAACGCUUCCCUCUUCGUUUUUCAUCACGAUGUGGCUAGUCAAGGGGAAGGGAUAAAACCCUUUGUAGAAACUGUCAACACUUGUGUGGCAAUAGAAAUGACAUAAAUUUGGCUUCGACGCCGUCUGUUCAGUGUGAUUUUUUAUUGCACUCUGUCAGGGAAUCUAGACUCGGCGAAGUUUAGAUGUAAAACAUUUUUGUCGUCAGAACUAGUAGGGUGAAACGGCUUUCUUCCACGGAAUCAAUAUAAAGUACUUUUUUGUAUUUAGAAAAAUAAUGAUUUCGUGUCAAUGAAACCUAAAUACUUUGCUCUCUUACUUUUUACAUCACGGAAAUUUGUGAUAGUUUCUGCUGGUGCUAUAUGAUUCGUGUCGAACACUUUUUUUGUCGUUUAUUCUCUUAUAACCCUAAGGAAAUGGAACUCGGCUGACAUCACAUACACGCAAGAAAUGGAUUUCAAACAAAUUGCUGAACAUGUUAAUGUUUCGGUUAUAUUUAUACAUUCCUUAGAAACGAACAUGUGUAAAAUAGGCUUUCAUCGUUGCCUUAAGUGUCUUAUUCAGGGCAAUCAUCAUAUGUCUUCCAUACUAGACUUUUCUGAAGAUAUCCAAAUCACUAUGGUGUUUGUAAUUAAGAUAUUUUAUGUAUAUGCAUCUGCUUGCAUACAUUUGCACAUGCGUGUGUACAUAUUUACAAACAGUGUAAAACACGUUUGUUAUACCUAAUAGUUUAGCAAUAUUCUUUAUGGACACAGUAAUAUAUGUUCAUAUGUGGGUGUAGUAUAGUAUUUGCACCACUGACCGUGUUAGUUAUUCACACCAUAUAUAGCAAUCUAAGUUUUGUACUCGUGUAAGUUAUACAAUAUUGGUACGUUAUGAUACUGACAUAUGUAAAUGUGAUUAGUAUGCUUGUGAGUUGGAGUGUCAUGUAAAUGAUAUUUAUCUGCAUAUAAUGAGUAAGAUUGCGUGUGUACUUUGUGAAUGGUAGGUAAUUGUUAUGCACUGGAAUUUGCCUUAAAUGAGGUACCAAACACGGUGAGCAAGUGAGUGUACAGUACAUUUAGUAGGUAGCCAGUUCUGUUUGUUCAACAGGAGACUCUCAAAUCCAAUAAUCAUAUAUUCUCUCGAUUACCUGUAAGUUUGUUAUAUGAAUUGGUGUAGUAUACAUGUAUGUAUGCCUUAUAUGCAUACCUGCACACAUGUAUGCUGUUUUUUUUUUUUUUUUUAGCUCUUUAAUAUGCGUCAAAAUAAUAUUGCCUAAUAGACUGUUGUAGUAUUAAAGGUUUCUUAAUAAAAUAUUACACAGAAGAA